CUCCCUGACUCCAGCCCUGGCUUCUCUCACAGUGACCUCGACCCGCACCUGACUGAAACCACAAGCCCUGCCCUGCGCAAGCCAGGAUCCUUCUUUACCAAAGUCCUAGGUAACUGAAGGACUAGGAGACCUAUCCGCUCGGGUCCUUCCUGGAGAGACCGGGACCAAGGAGGAGAGUGGCAGCAGGCGCCGGGCGAGGCUGCACCGCGGGCGGAAGAGUCUUGGGCGAGCUGCUGGGCUGGUGGGUGGGGCAGCGCCCGGCACUCCCUCCCCUCCGCCCUCUCAGUCCUCCGGCCGGCCGACCGGCGUGCGGGCAUCGCGGGUGCAGGACGACCUCGGCCGGCGGGGAAGCAGGGCUCUCGGGAGCCCCGGAAGCUGGCAGGUCCGCCCGUGGACCACAACAAACUGGCAUUCGCGGGAGUCGGGCACAGCUGACCACUAGCAACCCGCAGCUCGCGGCGAUGGUGACUGGCGUGAGCCUCCUGCUGCGCGCCCUGCCGCUGAUGUUGUGGGGCUGCCGGGAUGCACAGCCCGCCCGGCUAGGAUACCCGAAGCUGCGCGAGGAGGCAGAGGCGUUCCUGGAGAAGUACGGGUACUUCAGCGAGCGGGGCUCCAAAGCUGCGGCCUCCACUCAGUUCAGCAAUGCCAUCAGAGAGUUCCAGUGGGUGUCGCAGCUGCCCGUCAGUGGUGUGCUGGACCAGGCCACACUGCAUCAGAUGACACGUCCACGCUGUGGGGUCGCAGACACUGACAGUCAUGCAGCUUGGGCAGAGAGGAUCAGUGCCCUGUUUGCUGGGCACCGGGCCAAAAUGAGACGUAAGAAACGCUUUGCAAAGCCAGGUAACAAAUGGUACAAGCAGCAUCUCUCCUACCGCCUGGUGAACUGGCCUGAGCGCCUGCCUGAGCCAGCUGUUCGAGGGGCCGUGCGAGCUGCCUUCCAGUUGUGGAGCAACGUGUCAGCGCUGGAGUUCUGGGAGGCCCCAGCCACGGGCCCUGCUGACAUCCGCCUCACCUUCUUCCAAGGGGACCACAAUGAUGGGCUGGCCAAUGCCUUCGACGGCCCAGGGGGCGCCCUGGCCCACGCCUUCCUGCCCCGUAGGGGCGAAGCGCAUUUCGACCGGGAUGAGCGCUGGACCCUGAGCCGCCGCCGCGGGCGCAACUUGUUCGUCGUGCUCGCGCACGAGAUUGGCCACACGCUCGGCCUCGCGCACUCGCCCGCUCCACGCGCGCUCAUGGCGCCCUACUACAAGAAGCUGGGCCGCGACGCCCUGCUCAGCUGGGACGACGUGCUAGCAGUGCAGAACCUGUAUGGAAAGCCUCUGGGUCGUUCAGUAGCCACUCAACUCCCCGGGAAGCUAUUCACUGACUUUGAGGCCUGGGACCCUCACAGUUCCCGGAGGAUACGCCCGGAAACCAGAGGUCCUAAAUACUGCCAUUCUUCCUUCGAUGCCAUCACCGUAGAUGGGCAAUGGCGGCUGCACGUCUUCAAAGGGAGCCACUUCUGGGAAGUCACAGCGGAUGGCAAUGUUUCAGAGCCCCGUGCACUACAGAAAAGGUGGCCUGGGCUGCCCCCCAAUAUUGAGGCUGCUGCAGUGUCAUUGGAAGAUGGAGACUUCUACUUCUUCAAAGGGAGUCGAUGUUGGAGGUUCCAGGGCACGAAGUCUGUGGGGGGAAACUCACAGCUGUGCCGUGCUAGAGGUCUGCCCCGUCACCCGGACGCAGCUCUCUUCUUCUCGCCUCUGCGCCGCCUUGUCCUCUUCAAGGGCGCCCGCUACUACGUGCUGGCUCGAGGGGCGAUGCAAGUGGAGCCCUACUAUCCCCGCAGCCUGAGGGACUGGGCCGGGGUCCCUGAGGAGAUCAGUGGCGCCCUGCCAAGGCCGGAUGGCUCCGUCGUCUUCUUCAGAGAUGACCACUACUGGCACCUAGAUCAAGCCAAACUGCGGGUAACCAGCUCCGGCCGCUGGGCCACAGAGCUGCCCUGGAUGGGCUGUUGGAAUGCCAACUCAGGAGGUGCCCUCUUCUGAAGGCUCCCGGUACUGAAUGAACGGUUGAACCGUGGUUGCUCGUCCCACCCCACCCCACCCCCACUCCCCGCCUGAGAGGCGGGGCCUGUCUAGGAAGCCCUUGAACGUCGUCGCAGGAACUUCCCAGUAGCACGGCCUCCAGCAGGAAAUCUGCAUUUAUUCCCGUGGUCGAAGGAGAAACAAAAACAGGGUUCCCAGAGCCCUUUCCUUCAAGGACCUCUUUCCUUCCCACUCCUGAGGGGAUUCUGUUCCGAUGAAGGUUCAGCCCCAUGCCCAUAGUGCUGAGUCCCCCACCAAAGAGGAUGCAAAAACUCAACCGGGUGGGAGGACUGCUCUGCAGAAGCCGCCCUUUCUAUGCCUUUCGGGCUCAUUUCUUGGGAAAUCACGGAUUAUCCCAUCAGAGACUUCACCCUACCUCCCACCACUAGAAAGCUGGGGUGCAGUGAAAGUUCCUCUCCACUGUCAGAGGCCCUUUGUUGGAUCAAGAGGCCGAGCAAAAGGGAAUGUGGUCCUCCGGACCUGACUUUUUGUCUGGGGUGACGAAUAAGCACCCCCAGCUGGUCAGCCUAGAGGCGUAGCAGCCUUCCUUGGACAGAACCUUCCACCCUUCUCAGUAGAAGCAGAUGGGUACGGGGUACUUGAGACACAGAGACCAUGCUCUCACAUCCAACUAGGGGACAGCCGGCUGCGUGUGUAUGGUUGUCAUGGAGAGAGGGGGUGUACCUCUCUUCGAAACGCAGGCCUUCUUCACGCAGUUUGCCUUCCAGAUGACCCGACUUGUGCAGCAGGAAAAUGGCCGAGGAUCCUUCAGGGUCUGCCCAUUGCAGGCACUGGGAAUGCAGCCGCCAUGCUGCUCCGCAGAACGGAUGAGGCCUGUUUGCUCUCAACGGCCCCAUUCUCCAGGCCACACACGCAGCAGCGUUCCGAGGCCCAUUCUGUCUAGCCAAGAAUAGCUGGGAUUCCUCAAGAAGGAACCAGCUCCCCAGCUUUCCCCUUUUGUCGGAGCCAGUCUCGGUAUUAAUUUUAGCAUCUGGAUCUCCAUCCCACCCUGCCUCCUCCUCCACCUACCAACGCCGCUGCGCACACACGGUGACCACCGCGAACCAGCUCUCAGGGACUGGAGAAUGAUUUGGCAGGGAAGCAGCCUGCAAUUCCCUAGAGGCAUUGCUGGCCCCGUGCCCUCCUUUCUUCUCUGUGCAGUGGACAAAAUGACCUUUGACUGCCCUUAGAUGCAAGUGCUUUGUACUGCCCGGUCCUGGGUAGACCACAGAAGAAUCUCCCUGCUAGACCCUGCUUUUUGGGUUGUACCCAGGAGAGAGAAAGGAGGGUCCCAUUUUUAUUACUCCACUCCACUUCAGGUGACUCUAAUUGGAGACUUUAUUGAGGGGUUAGAGGGAAAGAGGCAACCCCGAAGCUGUUUUUCUUCAAGCAAUGCAUCUGUUCACCUGGCCAGAAGGACCUAAAAAGAUGUCGGUGAGGCUGUAUCGGAGGCGUGGAUCAGGAGGGUUGUAGGUGCUGGAUACAGUCUGGAGAGCAGGGCCUGCUGUAGUUCAGCUAGACAACAGGUGAGACCGUGAACCGACAGUGGACCUUCUCACCGGAAGGAGGAGCUAAGGACGGCGGCUUGAAAGGACAGUUCUGUGAAACGCACUAGAGAUAGAAGAGUUUGGAGCUUUGCGGACCCAGAGGCUGAGAGUGGAUGCUCUCAGAGCUCCUUGCGGCCUCUCCCUUACCCGGGUCAGGGUGCUCCAGAAUACAGUGCUCAAUGUAAGCUGGGUGGCUAUGCAGGCUCUUGCAUUUCUUGCAGAAAAGGAUCUCGCAGCGCGCACAGCCCCCGCGGCGCGGUGGACGCCGCCGCGUCUCCAACACGCACGGUUCUUCCGGGGCACCACGCUUCCUACGGGCCGAGGACGUGAGUGCUCAGGGGCCCUGCGGCCCUCCUCCCUAAAGCUCGGCCCCGGGUGUCUGCACCUCACCUGUCCGCGGGGGCCCCAAGGCCACCCAGAAGCGCGAACGGGCUGAGCCAGCCCCAGAAGCUGCUGUCCGAGCGGCGCAGCAGCGCCACCUGCUGGCUGCUCGGCUCCUGGCGCAGAGGGCUGUAGGACACCGAGCGGGCCUCUCGCUCCCUGGCAUCGCCAUCCUCCUCGACCUCCGCCGUGCUCUCAGGGUCCGGCCUCUCCACCUCCGACGAAGACGAGGAAGACGACGACGACGACGACUUGCCCUCCAGCUCCUCCUCCCUGGCCUCGGGCUCCUCCACCUCCUUCCUCCACAGAGGGGUCUUCACACCUGCAGGCGGGGAGGGAGUCAGUGCAGCCGGCUGUCCUGGCUGCUUGCUGCGGAAGCCUGAAUCCAGAAUGCGUGGGGGAGAUGCCGCCGGACAGAUGCUGCCUGCCAAAGGGUUUCGGAGUCCCAGAUUCCCGGACUGCUGCUGAGUUCCCUCUCUCCUGAGCUUCCUUGCUAAGGAUUCCAAACAAAUCACCUCGCUUCCAUCAUGCUCCAUUUUCCCGUCUCUGAAGCGGGAAAAGUAGCACCUACCUCAAGAGUGGUUGUGAGGCUGAUUCUAGAUAAUGUCUGGGUAAAGCACACAGUUUCCUGCUUGCAGUUGUGCAAGCAAUCAACGAACAUGUAUUACCAACACGGAAGGAGGAGGGUUACCCAACGUUAAUAAACAUCAAUUGUCAUUUCAA